AUAAAAAAGAAACAAAAAUGUUCCCCAAAAAUCACCAUUGAAAUUCAAAUACACUGAAAAAAAAGUCUUAAAAGAGAGACAAAAAGAGAACAAGUGCGUGUUAUCAGUGGAAAGAGUGCUCUGUUAUCGGCUCUCCACUGCCGACUCCCUGAAACCUAUGCCAAGUCCAAGUGACUUCUGAGACACUUAACCUUCAUCCCUUCACGAUGGAAUCCGUGAACUCCGCCCAAAUGCCGGACUCGCCGCCCCAAAUGAAGCGCCAGAAGAUGUCCAAUCCGAAGGGAUCCGGAUGCGGAGAUCCCUUCAGCUACGAGGAGCUCAACAUCAUUGGAACAGGGGCCUAUGGAACCGUCUACAAAGCUCGGGACGUUAAAACCGGAAACAUAGUGGCCAUAAAGAAAGUGCGGAUCUCCUUGAACGAGAACGGAGUGCCCAUGUCCACACUGAGAGAAAUUUCCCUGCUCAAACAGCUGAAUGCCAGCGAUCACGAGAAUAUCGUCAAACUUUUCGAAGUAUGCCAGUUUCUGGAGCGGGACGGCCAUCUGAUGGUUCUUCUGGUUUUCGAGCACCUGGAGCAGGAUCUGUCGGACUUCAUUGAUAGUUUGCCCAAAACCGGCAUGCCAGUCUCCACAGUGCAGCGCUUCGCCCGCGAGCUUCUAACUGGCGUGGACUUCCUGCACAUCCACCGCAUCGUCCACCGGGACCUCAAGCCCCAGAACCUGCUAGUCUCCGCUCAGGGCCACCUCAAGAUCGCCGACUUCGGUCUGGCCAAGACCUACGACGCGGAGAUGAAGCUCACCUCGGUGGUGGUCACGUUGUGGUACCGUGCUCCCGAAGUUCUCCUCUGCCAGUCCUACAGCAGCGCAGUGGACAUCUGGAGCUGUGCCUGCAUCAUCUUCGAAAUGUUCAAUCGCCGGGCCAUGUUUCCGGGCAACUCCGAGAAGAAUCAACUGGAUCGCAUUUUCGAACUUACAGGUCGCCCCUCGGAAAAGGACUGGCCUGCCACCAUCUCAGUGUCGAGGGAACAGUUUCCCCAAAGACUGCCCAAGAGACCCAAGGAUUUCUGUCCCAGUUUAUGCGAGUUCUCCGAUGAUUUGUUACAUAAAAUGCUCUCCUAUGACAUGCGAGUGCGUCCGCCGGCCCUGACCUGCCUGCAGCACGAGUUCUUCAAACAGGAGUACCUUUAGCCUCCCGGCCAGGCCACCCAAUCCCAGAGAGAAAUGGAAGUGACUGCCAAAUAUGGGUCCAAUGUCGCUUUGUUCUUGUUACAAUGUUCCUUUAAGUGUAGUGAAGCAAUUUGUUUUUUCCCCCAAUUAUUGUCCGGGCACGGAAUGAUGAGAAUACCUUAAAAUGUUUGUAGUCGUAAGCUAAGUGUAAACUGUGUCGCGUCGUAUACUUAUUAACUGCCGAUAAACUGAUACCAUUUAAAUGUGAAACGAUUCUCGAGGACGUUCGGUGGUCCUCAAAUCGAAAUGUGAUACACAAAGUUCAGGAAUACCUUAUACAAUUUCAAAAUUUUGUACAGCAGCAAAAACAAUUUAUACAAUUUAUAUAUGUAAUUAUAUACACAAGUCAAUUGAA